AAAGUUUCAUUCAGAAAGUGAGACCUUCGGUUUCUUAGAAUUCUGCAGAGUUACCCAAGAGAUCAUAAGGUCACUUCUCUUUGAGAGAGAGAGAGAGAGAGAGAGCGAGAGAGAGAGAGAGAUGGGUAGGGCUCCUUGUUGUGACAAAGCAAAUGUGAAGAAGGGGCCUUGGUCACCAGAAGAAGACACGAAGCUGAAGGAUUACAUAGAAAAAUACGGUACUGGUGGGAAUUGGAUUGCUCUUCCACAGAAAGCUGGUCUAAAAAGAUGUGGGAAGAGUUGCAGACUCAGAUGGCUCAACUAUCUCAGGCCUAAUAUUAAACAUGGCGAAUUCACUGAUGAAGAAGAUAGGAUCAUCUACAGCCUCUUUGCCAGCAUUGGGAGCAGAUGGUCAAUAAUAGCUGCUCAGCUACCAGGAAGAACUGACAAUGAUAUCAAGAACCACUGGAACACCAAGCUGAAGAAGAAGCUUAUCGCCAUGAACACUCCUGCCUCGCAAAAAAAACCACAAACAUUCCCAUCUUCUCGUCAUCAAACCUUAUCAUUGCCAUCAUCUCAGUCUUUACUAUCAUCACUUAAUGACUCGUGUUCUUAUUAUUAUACCCCAACUAAGUCAUUCUCCUGUUUUGAUUCCUUUGAAUCAAUCUCAUCCACCAUUCCAUCACAUCUCUUCAACAACACCAACACGACCACUUCUUUAGCCACACAGUUUAAUAUCCAAGAAGGCGUGGUUAAUUCCACUCAGUUCUAUCCAAUGAAAGAAAAUUUCCUUGUGUUUGGAAGUGAAACCAGUUGCAGUUCUUCCGAUGGAAGUUGCGGUCAGAUCAGCCAUGGGAGAGAGAUCAAACAAGAAGAUCCUAUGAGCUUUCAGGGUUAUCUCUCUAAUGGGGGGUUUGAAGAAAACAACCACAAAUUCAUGCUUAGUAAUUAUGGUGACAACAAUAACAACAUCCACCAAUGGGCGGCGGCUGAGAAACCAAUUGGGUAUUUUGGAGAAAUCCCAUCCCCAUCAAACUAUAGUCUUGAAGAUGUUAAGCAACUGAUUAACAGCAACAAUUAUAACUUCAACUUGUUCAGUAGUAGUGGUGAAGAAAACAUUAAAAUCCAAGAGAAGGUGAUGAUGCAACACUAUUACAACUUCUGAUGGAGUGAGUGCAAGUAAAAUCAGAAAAAAAGAUUUGAUGGGGUAAGGUGAGGGAGGUCUGGGUAUGGUGAUGGUGAAAUGAGAUGAAUGAAAAGACGUAGUUUCAGUUUCUGGGGGGUCGUGUUUUUAUGAAGAAUUGAAUUGAAUCAUAUCUGAAUUCCUUUGACGGUACAUGGUAAAGCUUCUUUUUAUUUUGUGCACAUUUCAUUUUGGGAGCAGAAGGUGUGAUGAUGUUUUGUUUGUACGGUCUUUCCUUCUCUCUCUGUAUCACUGCAAUCCCAAUCUGAUGUUAAAUGUUGAUGAAAACUAGACUAGAGAUCAUGUACUUAACUCCAUUCAAGAACAAAAUUAUUA